AUUCUAUUCUCUCCUCCUUCUAUAUAAGGAGGCAAUAUGAGGCAUAGAACCAUGAAGAAACAAUCCAUGGAGGCCAGGAUUCAACAAUCAAGAACAAGAGAAGAAGCAACGAUGAAGAGCUCUUUUUCUUCUCAAUGCCAAAUCUCCAAACCAUUUGAAGAAAAAGAAGAGGCUCAGGUUUUCAGCAGCGAGGAAGAAAGAGCUGUGGUUACAGAGAAUAAAUCUGCAGAAAAACUAGAGAGAAAUCAAUCCAUGGACAUAAAUGAAAGUGCAGAAGCAUUCAUCAAGAAUUUCAGGAAGCAACUUUUGAUCCAGAGGCUUGAAUCCAUUGAGAAUUACGAGAAAAUGCUGGAAAGAGGUGUUAAUUAAGUUGUGAUAUAUUAUAGAUUUGGAUUAUUUCAUCAUCUGUAUGAUUGAGAGACAAAACAUGUAUAAGAAUAUUAACAAUAAUAAUCAACUGGGUAAUAUGGGAAUUUCCUUUUUAUGUAUUAAAUAUUAUUUUUAUUUCCUCCA